CCUCCACUUUUUUUUUUAGCACCUCUUCUUAUUCCCAUCACACUCUCUCUCUCUCUCUCUCUCUCCAUUUCAGAUUUCCUUCAAUGUUGGAGGAGGCAUAUCAUUGUAUAUAGGAUACUAGUGUGUGUCUUGUUUUUGUUCAAGUAUAUGUGUUUUUGUGAAGCAUACGUUUGUUUGUUGAUUUAUUCUUAAAAAAAAAACCUUCUAUUUUAAGGAACUGGGAGGAUUGGAGAUUUGGGAUAGAAUUGGAAAACGAACAAAAAAAGAUAGAAAUGGAUGAUGAGUAUGCUAAGUUCGUGAGGCGGAUGAACCCACCCAGAGUUGUGAUUGACAAUGAUUCUUGUGAGGAUGCUACUAUUAUCCAGGUUGACAGUUUCAACAAACAUGGAAUUCUCCUAGAUGUUGUCCAAGUGCUUGCAGAUGUGAACCUUGUCAUAACAAAAGCUUAUAUCUCAUCUGAUGGAGUAUGGUUCAUGGAUGUGUUCAACGUGAUUGACCGUGAUGGCAAAAAAAUCAGAGACAAGGACAUUAUCAAUUAUAUACAAAUUAGACUUGAAAGCAAUGCCAGCUUUGUACCGUCUAUGACAGAUUCUGUUGGUGUGACGCCCUCAGAAGAGCAUACCUUAAUUGAGCUCAGUGGUACUGAUAGAACUGGUCUAUUGUCUGAAGUGUGUGCUGUUCUUGCAGACCUUCACUGUAAUGUGGUAAAUGCUGAGAUAUGGACACACAAUGCCAGAGCUGCUGCUGUAGUUCAUGUCACAGAUGAAACCACUGGUUGCGCAAUUAAAGAUCCAGCGCGCCUCGCUUCAAUAAAGGAGCUGCUUUGCAAUGUCCUCAGAGGAAACAAUGAGUUGAAGGCUGCCAAAAUGACACUUGCAACCUCUGGAGUUACAAAUAGAGAUAGAAGGUUGCAUCAGAUUAUGUUUGCCGACAGAGAUUAUGAAAGGGUUGGAAGAGCUGAAUUACGCAGAGUUGAGGAUAAGGGCUCAAGACCUCAAGUAACUGCCUUUGAUUGCAGUCAGAAGGAUUACACUGUCAUUACUAUGAGGGCAAAAGAUCGACCAAAAUUGUUGUUUGACAUCAUUUGCACUUUAACGGACAUGCAAUAUGUGGUAUUCCAUGGAAUGGUCAAUACAGGGAGGACAGAAGCUUAUCAGGAGUUUUAUAUUCGACAUGUUGAUGGAGUUCCUAUAAGCUCAGAAGCCGAGCGAGAACGUGUUGUGCAGUGUCUUGAAGCAGCCAUUGAAAGGCGGGCAUCUGAGGGGCUUGAACUACAACUGUGCACUGAUGACCGGGUUGGACUUCUCUCAGAUAUCACUCGGAUAUUCAGGGAGAACAGUUUGUCUAUCAAACGAGCAGAAAUUUCAACUAAAGGUGGAAAAGCUUUGGACACUUUCUAUGUCACAGAUGUGACAGGAAACCCAGUUGAUCCCAAGAUGAUUGAUUCAAUUCGCAGAGAGAUUGGCCAGACCAUACUGCAGGUGAAAUGCAAUUCUACCCCUCCACCACCAAAGUCCCCUCAAGGGACAACAAUGGGAUUUCUCUUUGGGAACUUGUUCAAAGCUCGAAGUUUCCAGAGUCUUAAAUUAAUCAGAUCCUACUCUUAGUUUCUCUUUAGAACUACAAACUGUAUAUGGCCCACCCUAAACCUGCAAAGCUGACUGGGGGUUUAGUGUCUAGAAGAGUAGAAGAAACCCAAAAACCAAUCUAUACUGUAAAGCUAGUGGUUGGGUUUGCAUAUAUUUAUGUAAAUGAAUGUGUGUAUAAUGUACAUAGUGAGUGAUGUGCAGAGGUUGUAGAAAGAUAGAAAAUUGUACGGAUAAUUUAGCGUUAUAUGCUAAUACUAGUGUUUAGAAGAAUAGAAGAAACCCAGAAGUCAAUCCAUACUGUAAAGCUAGUGAUUGGGUUUGUAUAUAUUGUACAUAUGUAAAUGGAAGUGUAUAUAAUAUACAUAGUGAUGUGCAGAGGUUGUACAUAGAUUGAAAAUUGUACAGAUAAUUUAGCUCCAUGAAAUAUGAUGUAAAUAUAUAGAAAUUUGUCGUAGCUUUCACCCUAAGUCGAAGAGGGGGCUUGCUCUCGUUUCGUUGUA